CCGCUGGCCCAGCUGGAGCUGGCCAAUGACGCCCAGGAGACGCCNGAGCUGAUAGCUGCCGGACAGAAAGAGGAGGAGGAGGAGGAGGAGGAGGAGGAGGUGGAGGACGGUAGUGGAGGCAGCACUGCAGCCACUGAAAGUGACCGGAUAGUCAGCACUAGCAGGUACUACUUUGCUCAGCGACUGCUCGACUGCGGCGCCCCGGGCGUCAGCGUGGACUGGUGUCACCCGCAAACGGGCGACUCGCUCCUGAAUCGAGUCGUCCGCGCCGGAAACGAACAGGCAGCCCUCUUUCUGGUUAAACACGGCGCCAACGUCAACACCGUCAACCUCUGCGGAGAGAGUGUCCUCCAUCUAGCAACCUUUAUGGGCUUUCGCAACCUCGUCUCAGUGCUGCUGCAGCGGAAUGCCAACUGCAAUCUGCGCACACUGCCGCCACCGCCUGAGCUUCUGCAAACUUUGGCCUUUUUGGCGACCACUCCUACCGAACGGGGAUUCAACUUUAACGGCGACGACCUGGAGGGGGGAAAAGAUGGUAGCCGAUCAACUGCCACCGCCGUUGAUCCUUUUGCCAGCGAAGAAGAAUCGGCGGAACACCAGCGAACAGAUUCUUUUGCAGGACAAGCACCACGCUCAAAAGCUGCCGCCGUUGUGUACAACCAAACGCCGCUGCACCUGGCCAUCCUCGGCCGCCACCGUGAGAUCAUCCAGGAGAUUCUCAGCUACCACGACCGGGCGAGUCGGAAGGGCGCCCUCGACCACUCCCUCCUCACGCCGGACCUCAAUGUGAAGGACUCCCGGGCGCAGACGCCCCUCUCGCUGGCCGUCCAGCACCAGCUGACGGACAUCGCCGAGAUGCUCAUCAACGGCGGCGCCGACGUCGACGUGCGCAACGAACAGGGGCUGACGCUACUGCACCUGGCCAUUGCCGCCCGUGACGCCCCCAUGGCGCACUUUCUUCUGGCCCACGGCGCCGACCUGGGCGCCAAGACGCGUUCCGGUGAGUCCUACCUGCAGUUCGCCGUCCGCCACCGCCUGCCCUCGGUGGUGGAGGAGCUGUGCACGCUGGGCGCCGAUGUCAACGUCCGCUCGCCCAAGAACGGCGACCCCGUCCUCUGGGAGGCGCUGCAGGCGCUCAAAGGUGUCAACCCAGCAGAGACAUCUGAAGAGGAAGCGGAGAAGGAGAAAGAAAAGGAGAAGGACUUUGAGGCGGCCAACGAGAUCGCCUCGGUGCUGGUGCGCCACCGGGCAGACACUGACUUCUGGCACACCUCGGCGGAGGGCGGCGGUUUCCGGCAGACGCUGCUGCACCGGGCGCUGGACGAGAACAACGAGGCGGUGGCCGUCUUCCUCAUACGGGCGGGCUGUGAUGCGCAGUGCAAGCGGAAGCCAGGGCCCAAUGGAGAGGGCGCAGAGGACUGCGACGGACAGACGCCGCUGCACAUGGCCUGCGCCUGGAGCAUGGCGAAGGUGGUGGAGACGCUGCUGGAGCACUCCGUGGACCCGAACGUGGCCGACGGCGAGGGGAAGACGCCCCUGCACAUUGCCAUCCUCAACCAGACGGCGGCCAUCGUGGAGCUGCUGAUCGAGUACCCGCCCACCGACCUCUACCGCACCGACAACUACGGCCACUCGCCCUUCUCCCUGGCGGUGAAGCUCAAGUCGCGCAGCAGCGCCCAGGCACUGACCCGCCGUGACCCGCACGUGAGCGAGCAGACGGACGGCCGCGGCCGCAACUACCUGCACCUCGCCCUGGAGCGCGCCGACUACGACUCGGUGCUCUUUCUGCUGGACAACCAGGUCAACAUUGGCGCCCGCGUCCAGGACGCCGUGAAGAAGGCGCCCGUUCACCUGGCCGCCGAGUCCGGCUCGGAGAUCAUCCUCCGGACGCUGGUGCUGGCCGGCUGCAACGUCAACGAUGUGACCAUGCAAAAUCAGACCGCACUUCACCUCGCCGCCGAACUGGACCGCCACCAGAUGGUGGAGAUUCUGCUGGACCUGCAGAUUGCCGUCGGCCUGCAGGACACCGCCGGCAACAACGCCCUCCACCUGGCCGCCCAGCGAGGCCACCUGGAGACGAGUCGGGCGCUGCUCGACCGCCGCCUCCUCGACCUGAAGGCGGCCAACGCCAAGGGCCAGACGGUGCUGCACUGCCUGGCCAACUCACCGGAGAAGGGCUCUGCGGCGGCCAUCUUUGACCACCUGGUGACGCUGUACAACGGCGGCGGCGGCGGAGAAAGUGGCACGGCGGCAGCUUAUGAGCUGAAUGCCCGCGAUGGCGAGGGCAACACUGCGCUGCUCUUGGCGUACAUGAACGGCAACGGGAAGUUGUGUCGGUCGAUUGUGGCGCGGGGCGCGGCGCUGGGCGUGCGGAACCUGCACGGCGUCUCCCUCUUCAACCACCAGAUGCCCACGCGGCAGCUGCUCACCUCGUUGCUGGACUCGCUGGCCCGAAUGCCCGACUGGGGCGCCGACGGGCCGGAGUGUCUGGAGUGUGGCGCCAAGUUCGGCAUGACCAACCGCCGCCACCACUGUCGCCACUGUGGCCGCGAGCUGUGCAGUCGCUGCUCCGCCAAAGAGGUGAUCAUUAUGAAGUUCCAGCAGGAGAAGAAGUCGGCGCCCAGUCGCGUCUGUGAGCUCUGCUAUGACGUGCUCACUGUGGGCGUCUUCAACUGA